AUGCCGAUCGCGAGCCUCAUCGUGCUGGUCGCGCUGGUGCGCCGGAGCAGGAGGCUGCGGCUGCGGGCGAGGCCCGUGCUCGUGAUCGUGCUCGUGAUGCUCUUGCUGAGCCAUUGGCGGCUUGCAAGCUCGUGCUCGUGUGCCUUCCACCUACAUCACCGAGUCCGGCGCGUUUGCUGCAGCAGCCUCGUGUGCUACCGUCGCCGCCACCUGGAGAGCCUCGCCAUGCGGGCGCGGGCCAGCAGGGCGAUGGCCGCCUGCGGUCGGCCUCGCGCCGUCGCCGCCGCUGCCAGCCCGAGGCCGAGCCGCGUCCGCGAUCGGGUUCGCGCGUGCGGCUCGCCACCGCGGAGGACGAGAUCGUGCAGCAGGUGA